AUGGCUAAUACUACAAAAAAGGUCAUUAAAAGGUCUAGGAAUGGUUGUAUAACAUGUAAGAGACUUAAGAAAAAGUGUGAUGAAACAAAGCCAGAAUGUCUAUCGUGCCAGAAACAUAAUAGAAAGUGUGAAGGUAAGUUAAAAUCGAACAAUAUGCUAUGA